AUGUACUGUCACUUCAUUGUUAGGCCAGUAAAAAGAGCUGCUCACUCUAUGUUUGUUAACGAAGUUUUGUCAGCCGUAUCAACCUUGCUCCCAUUGGACUUGCUCAGACUUGCUCGUACGGCAACAGUAAUGCGUACGUCCGUUCCCGUAGCGUUAAAAAGUUUUCUGAUGACUUCAACUAUCUCUGCUGACAGAAAAGUGUUUGUCUAUGAGGAGUCUCGUAAGAAAUCAUUGGGUCUUCUUAUGCGUUUUUCAUUUCUCAUACAGGCCAUUAGCCCUCUGUUCGACUUCCGAAAAGAGAACAUCCCGGAUGGUGUGUCCUUCAUUCUUCAGAGUGAAGAGUCAUCGAUGAGAAUCUUGGAGAGACCAGAGUUGAUGUUGCGGAUAUUCUUCUGCGUUCUCGUGAAGUUUAUAUAA